UUAUCUAUGAUCUAGACUCCAUGGUGACUGUGUAGUUUUGCAUAUUUUGGUUAUCAGGUUAAACAAUUUCGUUGUUUGCAGUUUUAGUGUGAAAAUAAUUCAUUUCUAAAAUGGGACAAAAUCAGUCCGGUGCUGGAGGUGGUGAAAAAAAGGAAGAGAAAGAUAAGAAGAAAAAAUAUGAACCACCAAUUCCAACUCGAGUCGGCAAAAAGAAGAGGAAAUCAAAGGGGCCAGAUACAGCACUGAAACUUCCUGCUGUAACUCCACAUACCAGGUGUCGUUUAAAAUUAUUAAAGUUGGAGAGGAUUAAAGAUUAUUUAUUAAUGGAAGAAGAGUUUAUCAGAAACCAGGAACGUUUGAAACCACAAGAAGAAAAGAAUGAAGAAGAAAGAUCAAAAGUAGAUGAUUUGAGAGGAACACCUAUGUCUGUUGGAACAUUGGAAGAGAUUAUAGAUGAUAAUCAUGCUAUUGUUUCCACUUCUGUUGGAAGUGAACAUUAUGUUAGCAUUCUGUCCUUUGUUGACAAAGAUCAGUUAGAACCAGGGUGUUCGGUUCUAUUAAACCACAAGGUUCAUGCUGUGGUCGGUGUUUUGGGUGAUGAUACUGAUCCUAUGGUGACUGUUAUGAAACUUGAAAAGGCACCUCAAGAAACUUAUGCUGAUAUAGGUGGUUUGGAUACACAAAUCCAAGAAAUUAAAGAAUCUGUUGAACUUCCUCUUACCCAUCCAGAAUACUAUGAAGAGAUGGGUAUUAAACCUCCUAAAGGUGUUAUAUUGUAUGGUCCUCCAGGUACUGGUAAAACAUUACUAGCUAAGGCUGUGGCAAAUCAGACUUCAGCAACAUUUUUAAGAGUGGUUGGCUCUGAACUUAUCCAGAAGUAUUUGGGAGAUGGCCCCAAACUAGUAAGAGAAUUAUUUAGAGUUGCUGAAGAACAUGCACCUUCAAUUGUCUUUAUUGAUGAAAUAGAUGCUGUUGGCACUAAAAGAUAUGAUUCUAAUUCUGGUGGAGAACGAGAAAUUCAAAGGACAAUGCUUGAGUUACUCAAUCAGCUUGAUGGCUUUGACUCUAGAGGUGAUGUUAAGGUCAUUAUGGCAACAAAUCGUAUAGAAACAUUAGAUCCUGCUUUAAUUCGCCCUGGUCGUAUUGAUAGAAAAAUAGAAUUUCCAUUGCCAGAUGAAAAGACAAAGAAGAGAAUAUUUAACAUUCAUACAUCUAGAAUGACAUUGGCAGAAGAUGUGAACUUGCAAGAGUUAAUAAUGGCAAAGGAUGACUUAUCUGGAGCUGAUAUAAAAGCUAUUUGUACUGAAGCUGGGCUGAUGGCUUUAAGGGAAAGAAGAAUGAAAGUCACAAAUGAAGAUUUUAAGAAAUCAAAGGAGAAUGUUUUGUAUAGGAAAAAAGAAGGCACACCUGAAGGUCUGUAUCUUUAACUAUGUUAAUUUCAAUUUUUUUAUUAUUUCAAGUGUUUUUCUGUAUUUAACUAACUGAAUUAAAAAUAUUUCAAUAUCCA